AUGGCCAACCAAGUGGCAAUUAUUGUUAAAAUUCUUUGUGGGUCAUUCUAUGUGAAUGGUGUGAGAUUUACUGGGGAAAAAACACAAUUUUUAUGUAUGUUUUGUGGUAACUACUACACAAAUCCUGUAAAACAUGCUAUGUUGCAUUGUUGUGAAACACAAUUAGCAAGAACAAAAUUAUGGGAACGUAUCACAGAUUUCUUUCCAGUGGAAUUCGUAGCAAACAUUAACUCGUUAGAUGAGGACAAUUUGAUGCAGACAAUCUUUGGAAACAUGCAAUUCAUGCAGGGACAUGAUAAUAACCAAGUACAUAUUAUCAUUGCUGAGUCGAUUUCACAGAUAAUAACAAUAACCAGUUACAUUGACAUUUAUUUGGAUUCAGAAACUAUUCAUUAG